AUGGUACUUCAGCCCCACAAUGAGAUGAUGGCGCAGGUCACGGACAGCAUGAUGGUCUCUGAAGCAUUCACAGUGACCAGUGGUGUGACGCGGGACUGUUUACUCUCCCCAACCCUCCUCAGCCUCAUGUGCUCUGCUAUGCUGAUGGACGCUUGCCGUAAUGACCCUCUCCCCGCCGACGCGGCGAAUGUAGGCCUCAACACGUCUCCCUACGACCACUGUCCAUGAUCUGCUCUUCGCGUUAAACACAGUAACAGAGGCAGACAUGCAACGGAGCACUGACCUCUUCGCCCCCAACUGUGGCACCAUUUGAACAUGGGCAGAACGAUGGUCAUGAAUCAACUGCCGCCCAACGCUGCACACAAUGCUCCUUUCAUCUACGUCAACAGCAUCCAAUUGAAAAACAUAAACAUCUUCGCUCAAUUAGGCAUCAUAUUCAUCAGGUCUCUAAAGCGAACCAAAUCUUCUACCAACUGCAGACUUGUGGAAUCGUCAUGAUCUUCACCUGAACACCAAACUGGUGGCGUACAAAGCUAUCAUCCUGACGGCGCGCUAUAUGAUGCGGAGACCUGUAUAGUCUACGAGAAACAAUCGCGGAAACUCAAUCAUGUUAACUUCAAUCGUCUCCAGCGGAUACUGAAGCUCAGGCAGCAGAAAAGGACUCUGUACGCAGAGGUUCUAGAACGAAAUGGAAUCUCCAGCAUCCAUGCCAUUCUGAGGCGACUGUAGCUGCGAUGGACCGGCCAUCUCGUGAGCAUGGAGGGCGGGAAUCCACGAAAACAACUCUUCUAAUGAGACGUCGCCAAGGAUGGUAACUGACAAGGGGUCAAACCCGCCGCUACUUGGUCACCUUGAAGUAUUCUUUGAAGCGUAUAGAAACCCCACGACCUGGCAAUCCUCGCACAAAACUUACUGGUACGGAGAAAAGCAGCGAGGUUAACCGAAUCCUCGUUACCAAAGCCAAAAGGAAAGCUCGCAAGUCUCGGGUCCUCUGACCCGCAAUUACAACCCACAACCAAUUCGCUGUAAACAAAAACUACUCGUAUGAAUCGGCCUCUCUGGACGACUCCAGAGGCAUUGCACUAACAACCCGACAACCUCAAUUUCAGCCGCCUCUACCGUUCUACUCCAACCAUCAACUCCAACAAAAACCGCCCUCAGCACUGAUGCUUACCAUCCCCGUGCCUCACCGCUGUCGGCCGCCGCCAUCUCCACGAUCCCUACCAUAAACAUCGCGGCAACGACCACCGCCACAGCUCCCACCCCCGCCAACAUUCAGAACGCUCCCGACGACCCGCCAGCCAUCCGUUAA